AGUCCGAGGCUCCGAUGUGUAUGGCUAUAACCAUUGUGGUCCGCUCCAUAUCCCUUGUUCUCCAUUGUUCCUCACAGGAUCAGGGGUGGAGAGUGAAGAGAGAGCAGAACGAGUAUUAUUUCUCGUCGCAUCGGAUCACAAUGAGCCUUCAACGGACGAACGUGAGUUCCCUCAAUCAGAAUCAGCGGCUGAGAUCUCUGCCAGCCGUCCACUCCAUGUUCCACCACCUCCGCCGCCGCCUCCUCUGCACCGCGGCGGCGCCGCCGAUCCGCGUGGCGCUGACGGAGUCCUCCGGCCGAGGGGUCUUCGCCACCCGCCCCAUCUCCGCCGGCGAGGUCCUCCACUCCGCGCAGCCCCUCGUCUCCCACCCUUCCCCUCCCCUCAUCCACGAGGUGUGCUACAGCUGCCUCAGGAGGAAGUCCGGGAGCGGCGGCGGCUCGAGCGGGAGCUGCUACUUCUGCAGCGACGCGUGCAGGGAGCACGCCAAGGGAUUCCAUGGCGUUGAAAAGAAAGCGGAUUGGUCUUUGUUUGAUGACCACUGCAGUUCACGCGGUCUAAAGUACCCGUACAUGGCAAAGCGACUAGCUUGCAUGGUUAUCUCAGGAGCUGUUAGUGCAGACUGUCUUGACAUACUCCAGCCAGCCCGUUUGCACCAGGGGACACUUACAGAGAUGGAGGAAGAGUUUGCGUUGUUGGAUUCCACUUUUAGGAAGGCAGGGUUUCAGGAAGAAAUCACAACUUUUUUGACCAAAGAGUGGUACAUCAAUGUGCUGGCAAGGAUACGCAUAAAUGCAUUCCGCAUUGAACUGGUUGCAAGUUCAUAUGAGAACCUUCUAUCCUCAGCAGUAGCCUCAGUAUCUUGUGAUGCGGCAGUUGGCAAUGCUGUCUAUAUGCUUCCCUCUUUCUAUAACCAUGACUGUGAUCCAAAUACUCACAUAGUUUGGUUGGCCAGCGCAGACGCGAGAUUAAAGGCCCUCCGCAACAUCGAAGAAGGUGAAGAGCUGCGCAUCUGCUACAUUGACGCGAGCAUGGACGUCGAUGCCCGUCAGAGGAUUCUCGCCGAAGGAUUUGGCUUCGAAUGCCGCUGCCAACGGUGCUUGUCUGGAGAUUAAAACACCAUCCCUUUUUCGUUGUAUUUUCCAUCCUUUUGGCAUGCACAUUGAAGCCAACCGAGGUUAAUUACCAUUGUAAACUUUUCAAAGAUCAGUUGAAGCCAGGAGUCACCAAUGUAACUGCCAGGUGCUCCUGUUUGGAAGAUUUGUAACGUGUUGGUGUGUGUGUGUCGACAAGAGUACGAAUACUGAAUGUUGUUGAUUAUUACCCCGAUGUUUAAGCAUUAGACUUUUGGACAUUAUUAGACAUUUGUUUGACAUGUUACUGCCAUGCCAAUAACAUUGGUGUUUACAGAA